AUGAAGACAAACGUGUGUGGAGAAUCGAACGGCCUGAAGUUAAGCGGGCUCUUGUCUGUGUUGUACACUGAUGGGGGGGAGCAGACGAAUCUUGAGGGCUGCAGCGCGAAGGUGGCAGUAAUUGACGGCCUUGGGAGCCAGGGGCCGCUGGAGGUUCUGGUCGUGGCGGACGCGAAGGACUUUACGAAGCCGAGUUUCAAGUUCGACCUUGCGCAAGAUAGCGUGCGGCUGCUGGUGCUGCCGCCCCGAGACGUCGAUGAGUGCCUGGGUGAGGGUGACGUAACUAACUACCAGCGUGCCGUGGACUCAUUCGCGACUAAUGUUUGGCACGGGUUGGUGGCACCCAAGAACCCGCUUGACGCGUUGAAUGAACACGUUGCUGACCAAAUCUUCCAAGACAUUGUGCCGAGGACUAUGGCGCCGGCGCAGGCCGUGGGAAUCGUAGGGGGAUCCUUUGUAAAGGAAUGGCGGUCGGUGACACAAGAGGACUACGACUUGCUCUGGAAGGAACACUUCAACCCUAGAGAUACCGACUCGACAACAGAAUACGACGACUUGACCGCCUUGAACAACAUCGUGGUCCGAGCGGUCGCUCCUCCCGAGAAGUCGUCUCGCUCCUGGUCCAGUGUGGUGGGCCAGAGAGCGAUGGAAUACGGCGGCGUACUUGUCGCAGUCCUGACCGUCGAGCGCUUGCUUGCCGCACUCGGCUAUUUGGACGGCAUCUGGCCUGUCUCGUCUGGCUCGUCCGGCUUGUCCGGCUCGUCUGUCUCGUCUGUCUCGUCUGGCAACGACUCCGCAGUAGCUCAAGGUCUGCACCAGGUGAUGUCGUCUAAAUGGAGUUGUCAGACGCUUCCCAGCCCGGACAUGUCUUUCUUUUACAGAGAUUACAUGUUCGUUGACCCCGCUACGGGAUGGGAUCUGAACGCGCGGAGAUUGCCCUUGGAGAAAUGCAGGGAGAUGGCGGCGAAGACAGAGCCGGGGGACUACUUACUUACGAAUCAGGAUCUAUCAAUUCUACCUCGCGAGUACUACUUGUACUGUGGCCAUAAUAAUAAGGCCACGUUAAUGUGUGCUGGUCUGGGGGCGGCCACCCCUCAGUGUUUCGACUUCAUUUCAGGAAUGCCCGGUCCACAUAAUUUCGAAUUCUUAUGGUCUAUGCUGGGUCGAGUCUUUCAUCCUACAGGCCACGAGGCGUGUGUAGUUCGUUGCUACCCUGAGCACGACGACUCACCCCCAGAUGGCUCCAAGGCCGGGGUCCCAGCGUUCCGCGAAAAGUUGAAGAAAAUAGCGCUUAAUCGUUUAAUCGAGGCGGACCGAGUCCGUGAUAUUCGUAUUCAUAAUAACGUUAGGGAGGUAGGCGAUGCGUGCACCCAGGAGGGGCUACAAACCUUCCAACAAGCCGUCAGGAAAAGAUACCCUCCCGGCUCCCUCUCCGGCUUCCAGAAAGAGCUCAGCCGAAUGUGGUUCAAAGUGCCUUGCGGUGGCGGCGUCUGGACGCAAAACGAACCAUUUCCCGAGUGCACGUGUCCGAAGUUCAGCAUAACCUGCACAAUGUCCAAUGACCUACGCCAGAUGUAUGAGGUCACUGUCGAUGCGUACAACACUGCCAGUCAAGACGCAUUCCGUGACUUCAUAGGGAACGGCAAAGCGGCUUUUAAAGUCAUGCAAAACAUGGAGCCCAAACGCUGCCUCUACGAUUGUUUCACUCAGAUCUCUCCUGACUGA